GCGGAGGACUAACGCAGGGGGGUGGGAAUGACACCCUGCAUCCCGCAUAACUGCGAAACUUCUAUAGUGUCAGUGCGUCUCAGCGGGGCAAGGGCGACAGUGGUACAUCACCAGACUUAUCAUCCUUGAGCAUAUUCGUGAGUGAGACACAAGACGCCAGGCCAGCAUGAGUGAACCUUUCGACUGCGCCAAGUGCAAGGAGACGCUGUACGGGCGCAAGUACAUCCAGGCGGAGGGCAGCCCCCACUGCAUCCCCUGCUAUGACCGCCUGUACGCCAACACCUGCCAGGAGUGCAAGGAACUCAUCGGACACAACUCACGGGAGCUGGUGUAUGAGGACCACCACUACCACGAGCAGUGCUUCCGCUGCAUGCGCUGUGACCGCUCGCUAGCCGACGAGCCCUUCACCUGUCAAGAGGAGGCGCUGUUGUGCAACGACUGCUACUGCAACGAGUUCUCCUCCAAGUGUGUGGCCUGCGACAAGACCAUCAUGCCAGGUUCCCGAAAGCUGGAGUACGGAGACGCGGUGUGGCACGAGGAAUGCUUUGUGUGCCGGGUGUGUGAGCAGCCCAUAGGCGCCCAGGCUUUCAUCCCAGAGAAAGGGGACUAUUACUGCAUGCCUUGCUAUGAGGGCAAGUUUGCCCCCCGUUGCAGCCACUGCAAACAGCCUCUGACCCAGGGUGGCGUGACCUAUCGGAACGAGCCGUGGCACAAGGAGUGCUUCCUGUGCACGGGCUGCAAGAGUCCGCUGGCCAGCCAGCCCUUCACCUCCCAGGGGGAGGACCCCUACUGCGUCAAGUGCUUCAGCAACCUGUACGCCCAGCAGUGCGCCGCCUGCAGCAAGCCCAUCACGGGCUUUGGAGAGGGGAAGUACAUCUCCUUUGAGGACCGCCAGUGGCACCAGCCCUGCUUCAAAUGUUCCAAGUGUUCUGUGUCUCUGGUGGGGGCUGGGUUCUUCCCCGAUGGAGAACGCGUUGUCUGCAAAGACUGCAACGAGAAGUAAUCGACUCCUCCUGGCAGACCCCACCGUAACCGCCAACGUCACCACCACCACCACCACCACGUACCCUGGAGGUUGGAGCAUCACUACGUUUGAUACUUUUAUCACAAUGCAAUGGCUGUCCUGUGCCGAACAGUUGCCUUCGCUGUGCCUUUUCUUGCUCUCUCGAAUAAUUCUAUUUGUGUGCUGCUUUUUCUGUAACAAAAGCGGUAACACAAAUAUGCUUUACAAGCUGGAAUGUACUGAUGCUCAUUUGUUUUGCCCCGACUUGCAAAACAAGCUCUAUUUAGGCCCAAGUACAAAGGAGAAAGAGAGACAGGUUUAGUUCUGUGCGUGAGAUAUCUCUCAAACUCUGUGUAUACCUGUGAUAAUAUAUAUGCACAUAUCUGUUGUCCUUUGCUACAAUGUUAUUUUAAAUAUUUAUAUUCUAAACUGAUUUUAUCAGUAUGGGGCAAACGUUUUUGUCCACUGAUACCUUCCCGUGAAAUACAUAUGGCAUAUAUAUAUGUACUGUAUGUACAUAUAUAUGUGUAUGUGUGUAUAUGCAGACCUUAUGAGAGAGGCUGAUAGUAGGCUCUGAAUGUGGAAGUAACAAAACCCAAGACUUUUGUUUUUAUUAAUAUAUUGUACAGUAUUUCCCGUCCUCUUACACCACAGCACUCUAUAUCAUAGGCCUAAUGCAUAUCUUGUCUAUUUACAUGCUUUUGGUCUGAUUGUUUCAACACGUAGUCCAACUCAACUGUGAUAGAGGACAAAGUAUUUUUCAAAAAAAAGUAUUUGUAACACUGAAAUAAAAUUCCAAAAAUGUA